CUUACCUACCAUAAUUUCCUUCCUCAACCGUACUUGAAGAAUCCAAAUAAAAUAAAACCACGAAAAAAAAUGCGAGGCAAUUAAUAUAGUUUCUUCUCAUCAAAUACAUAGUAGCUAACUAGUUUAAUUUUCCUAUAUUUGGCUUCAAUUCACAGCUAGCUUAUUCGAUAGUGUAGACAUGGCAACUACACAAGUGAAACAUUAUGUCACUUCUUUAGGUGCUGCAGCAACAACGUUAGCAAAAACAUGGCUGGUCUUGUGGAUACUUGUUACUAUGUUCUUCACUGUCUGUUUAGCAGAAAGAGUGUUGAAAGAAAAAGAGGUAGCGGAUUUUGCUGAUGACAAACAAACAAAAGGAAUUCUAAGAGUGGUCAUUGAUUUUCUAUGGCAAGAGGGAAAGUCUUCCUAUGAUCCUGUUUGGCCCGAAAUGAAGUUUGAUUGGAGAAUUAUUGUGGGAUCAAUGGUUGGAUUUUUGGGAGCAGCAUUGGGCAGCGUUGGAGGGGUUGGAGGUGGUGGGAUUUUUGUGCCAAUGCUUGCUUUGAUCAUUGGCUUUGAUCCCAAGUCUUCUACAGCCAUUUCUAAGUGUAUGAUUAUGGGUGCAGCUGGGUCAACAGUAUACUAUAAUCUGAGGCUUAGGCACCCAACUUUAGACAUACCCCUUAUUGAUUAUGAUCUGGCUCUGCUAUUCCAACCUAUGCUGAUGCUUGGAAUAAGCAUUGGUGUUGCAUUCAAUGUCAUGUUUGCUGAUUGGAUGGUCACUGUUUUGCUUAUUAUCUUAUUCAUAGGUACAUCAACAAAAGCUUUAUUCAAAGGCAUAGAAACCUGGAAAAAGGAAACAAUGUUGAAAAAGGAAGCUGCCAAGGCUUUAGAAGCAGAACCAAAACCUGGUGAUGAUGAUUCUGCAGAGAGUGAGUACAAACGACUACCAAGUGGUCCAACUAAUAAUAUACAUGAUGAAGAGGCCCCUAUAUUACAGAACAUAUAUUGGAAAGAAUCAUUACUCCUUGUGUAUGUUUGGGUGGCUUUUCUCAUUGUUCAGAUUGUUAAGACAUACACCAAGACUUGCUCCAUAGAGUACUGGGUUCUAAAUACAUUGCAGGUGCCUAUUGCAGUCUCUGUUACACUUUUUGAAGCCAUAUGCAUAUCCAAAGGAACUAGAGUGAUAGCAUCAAAGGGAAAGGAAUUUACAAAUUGGAAGAUUCAUCAGAUUUGUCUUUGCUGUGCAUGUGGAAUAAUAGCUGGUAUUGUUGGUGGACUUCUUGGUCUAGGGGGUGGCUUCAUUUUGGGGCCACUCUUUCUAGAACUUGGGAUCCCUCCUCAGGUAGCAAGUGCUACAUCAACUUUUGCCAUGUUUUUCUCAUCCUCCAUGUCAGUGGUGCAAUAUUACCUUCUAGAUCGGUUUCCAGUACCCUAUGCUUCUUACUUUGUUAUGGUUGCAACCUUUGCCGCUUUCGCUGGCCAGCAUGUGGUGAGAAGAAUAAUUGCAAUCCUUGGCAGAGCUUCCAUUAUCAUCUUCAUACUAGCCUUGACCAUUUUCAUAAGUGCAAUCAGCUUAGGUGGGGUUGGAAUAGAGAAAAUGAUUGAGAAGAUGGAAAAUCAAGAGUACAUGGGUUUUGAAGAUCUCUGCAAGCUAUCUUAGAUGUGUUUGUAUUGGUGGCGUAUAAAGCUGUGGAAUUAAAUUUUUCUACACAGAAUGCCAUUAUUGAACUUAUGAUAUGGUCGCUUGUUUAUCCAGUUUUCAUUCAAGCAAAGGAAAGAUUGUGGGUCAUAACUUAUUCUGCUUUAUCUUUCUAUUGUAAUAGUUGCUUCAUAUUUUUGUUUUUGCCAUUUCAAUAUUGAUUGAAAGUAUUUGAAUUUUGAUUUUUGGAAGUUA